CCAUUCGAACCCCCAAAGAGAUAAGAGAGCAAGGGAGUCCACACAACCCAAGAGAGAAGGAAGGAGGAGAGCAGUCCGCAAGUUCGUUCUUCAGUGCGUAGCUCUGAUUGUUUGAGCCAUAACUUGAUAUUUACUCAUCCAAAUAAGGCGUGCGAGAUACCAACAGAAAGAUCUCAAGACGAGGAAUCCGUGAAGGUCUGGUUUGCAUCAAUCGGAGUAGUGGAAGGCUUCCAAAUCGACCGAGCAAAACACGACCUCGCAGAAUACGUUUUUGUAUUCAAAGUUAGGGAACGAAUUCGUCGGGAAACACCCGUUCUAGGGACUGUUUUUGCGUCUUCGGUUGGGAGUUGAACUAGCACUUUGAGGGGGCUGUUUAACACUCAAUUCCAAGCAAGGAAUCAGUUCUCAAGCCUUCUUGGCCGAGGCUUUGGUCGUUGGAGCGAGAAGGAAAGUUUUAAAGCUCGUUUGAGGUUGAGGCUUGAGCUUGUUACCUGUGCCCGUUGCUCGGGUGAUCCUUUGGAAAGAAGACGUGAAAUGAACGGUGGUGGCAAGGUUACGAGAAGGAACCCGACGGGCCGUGCACCGGUGGCGACCGGGCAGGGAAGCCGUGGGACCUCUAGGGUGUCUAGAAGGGCGAGCCGUGGGGGCCGAUCGCACACGGUGAGCGACGGUCAUGUUGACACCGAGGAUGAAACCUACUGGUCCUAUGAGGACUCGACUUACCAACCGGAAACCGAGCCGGUUGAGACCCCUUACGAAGGGGAUGACGAUGAUGUAAGCGAUGAAGAGGGGGGGAAUGACUCCCUAGCAAGAAUUGAGGCGCUGCUCCAACAAUAUCAGCGGGAGCGCGAGGAAAGGAGGGAACGCCGAAGGCGCCGAGGAGGGCGAACUUCGGGUGGGGCUUCAAGAGGAAGGAGCCAUGGCGACUCUAGGGCCCACAUUGAACCACAUGGGGGCUGGGGUGAUGGAGGUCCAAUCAUAAGGAUCUCAAAAUUUCUCAAAGAGGCGAGAGACUUGGGGUGCAAACCCUUCAACGGAGCAGGCGACAUCUCGGUCGCCGCGGAAUGGAUGAAGAGGUUGAACGAAGCAGCCCUUGAUAUGCAACUCACCCCCGAAUUUAAACUAAGGGUGGCGGUGAGAUUGCUUGAAGGGAUGGCAUCCACAUGGUGGGACGGAGCCAAGGGAAAGUAUGGCAAUACUGUUACUUGGGAGAAUUUCCGACAAGAGUUCUUUGCCCAAUACUAUUCUGAUUUUGAGGUGAACGCUAAGAGAAGAGAGUAUACCCUCCUCACCCAAGGUGGCAAAAUGACGGUGAGGCAACUUGAACACAAAUUCAGGGAACUCGCGGAAUUCAUACCGGAGUACAUAUGUGAUGAGAACCGGAUGGUGAAUCAUACAAUAUUAUUUUAGCAUACAAUUUCUCGCAAAAAAAAAAUAAUGUUUUGAAUUUUCUGAUACUUAUUUUAUAAGUCAUGUAUGCUCAUUUGGUACAAUAUUAUGCUCAUUUCAAAAUGUAAGUGAAGUAAAAGACAUGGUAGCUCAUUUUAAGAUGUAAGUGAAGAAGAAGACAUGAUAAGAGAGGACAUAACACUCAAUUGCAUGUUUUUAAUACUCA